AUCCCUAAUUCUCUCUCUCUCGACGAACCCUAACCCUAACCCUGCAAUUUCUUUCCGAUUCUCUACAAAUCUACUUCUUUUAGGUCUAAUCGAUGGCUCCUCGUGUUCGCGGUGGAAGAGGAAGAGGAAGAGGGAAGAGGGGACCGAAGUCUCCGGUGAAGCGACCCACUGUCGUCCCUACUCGACCCACAUCUUCCGGUGUGUCGAGUCGAAGACCAAGGAGCCUUCCGUCGCAGUAUGAGUUCACGCCGGCGAACCCUGAAGAUCCAAAUCAUGGGAUUGAGCAUCCGCCGAAUCGCCAGCCUUCACCGCAACUGAGUCUAAGAGACUAUCCACCUCCGCUGCAGCUUUUCCAGUUGGGCGAAGGAUCUCAGCAUGCAGCUGGUGGAUCUCCUCGGGGCUCUGGAACGACUCCGUUUCGAGCAUCUGUCUCCUCUGUUCAUCGUUUAGCAUCUGGAUCUCCCUGUGCCUCUCAGUCUCCAGCUCCAGUUCAGCCUCCAGCGCCGGUUCCUUCUCCAGUGGUUAAUCAACAACGACCACUAAGAGCCUCUCUGUCUGGUCACAGUUCUCAAGCUCAGAACGUUGAAGAAGAAGAAGCUGCAUCGGAUGAAGAAGCUGAUGAUGAAACUGCAUCGGAGGAUGAAGGUUUGAGGGAUUCAACACUCCCAGAAGAUGUCCUCGCGACUUUACAUGAUACGCUUCUCAUCCCAGGCCGUGAGCUCUAUACUACUCUCAUCUCUCCGACUUUAGAGCCUGGGACGACAUGGUUUGGUAAGGAUAAGGGUAAGCUGACCCGGAAGGUCACCAAGUGUUUUACUAACAAGUUUGAUGGACCAUACUACAAUUGGAGCUGUGUGCCAACUGGAAGAAGAGAAAGAUACUUUCUUGAAUUCAAGUCAUGA